AUGGAUUAUCUGGUUCGGUUCGCCCAGCUCCAUGAGACCUUCCGACGGCCGGAAAUUCAAGCCUGUGCCACACUCGCAGGCGUUGACAUCGAAAUCAUCACCUACAAUGAAUAUUCACCAUAUUGUGUCGUAAGACUACCAGAUGAAGCUGCCGCGCGGGCAGUUGCCAAGCGCAGUAUUCUGGUCAAGGAUAUCUUCGAGCUAUGGGGCGAAGGCACCAAUUAUGAAGAGCUGCAUGCAGAUGUUCGUCGACGAACUCAGCAUCGCUGGAACGACUACAAUGAUGUCCCAUUCAAAUUCACAAUUGACUACUUCGCGGGAACGCGCAGCCAUCUCCAGAAAGGAGAGAUCAUCAGAUCAUUCUCAUACAUGGGGUUCAAAGGCCCGAUCCGGCUAAAGAACCCCGAUGAGGAGUUUUUCGUCAUGGAGGAGUACAUCGACGAUUUCGAAGUCUCUGUCUCGGGUGUGUCGCGAACGGAGGAUCCGCGGAAGAUCUACCUCAGCCGCAAGAUUGCCGAUAGCUGUCGCGAGGAUGUGCUCAAGUACGACCUCAAGAAGCGUCGUUAUAUCAGCACGACUUCCAUGGAUGCGGAGUUGAGUCUCAUCACGGCGAACAUGGCUCUUGCAGCACCAGGAAAAUUGUUCUUCGACCCAUUUGUCGGAACUGGAAGUUUCAUAAUUGCUGCUUCGCAUUUCGGAGCACUGACUCUGGGCGCAGACAUUGAUGGCCGCAGUUUCCGUGGCAAAGAGAGCGGAAAACUGGGCAUAUAUGAGAAUUUUGACCAAUAUGGGAUCAAGAGUAAAUUUCUUGAUACGUUCACAUCCGAUCUUACCAACACGCCACUGCGGAGAACUGCCGUCCUUGAUGGCAUCGUUUGCGAUCCACCAUACGGUGUGCGUGAAGGACUUCGGGUUUUGGGAAAUCGCAAGGGAAAACCUGCGGUCAAUGUGAUCAUUGAUGGCGUUCCCGCCUAUCUCCGACCUGGUUUUGUUCCCCCCAAGAAGCCUUAUGGUUUCGAGGCCCUGCAGAACGACGUCCUUAACUUUGCUGUUCGCUCCUUGGUUCCCAAUGGCCGUUUGUCAAUGUGGAUGCCUACAACCAAUGACGAGAAAACCGAAUUCCCUGUUCCCAUGCAUCAGAACCUCGAGAUUGUCAGCAUCUCUGUUCAGCAUUUCAACACCUGGUCUCGCCGACUUAUAACUUACCGUCGUCUACCUGAGGGACAAUUGUCGGAUACCACACUGGCCCGGAAAAAGAUUGAUGAUGAGGGUACUAGUGCUGAUGAUCUCAAUGCAUUCCGCCGAAUGCAUAUGCUCCGAGGCCACGGCACCCGAGUCGACAAGGACCAAAAAACGACAGAAUAA